GCCGCCCCGCCUUCCCCGGGGACGGCCCGACCCGAGCGGCGGGAGCCAGAGACCCCGCGCCCGCCAGGCUUGCUCGAGACACAGGGGAGGAGAAAGUUUGCCUUUUAUUGUUGUGUUUAGUCCUUAAGUGCAAGGAACUCUGUCGGGAGGAAAAAUGUCCUUCUUCAAUUUCCGUAAGAUCUUCAAGUUGGGCAGCGAGAAGAAGAAAAAGCAGUACGAGCACGUGAAGAGGGACCUGAACCCCGAGGAGUUUUGGGAAAUUAUAGGUGAACUGGGCGACGGAGCCUUUGGGAAAGUGUACAAGGCUCAGAAUAAAGAGACCAAUGUUUUAGCUGCCGCAAAGGUGAUUGACACCAAAUCUGAAGAAGAGCUUGAAGAUUACAUGGUUGAGAUUGAUAUAUUAGCAUCUUGUGAUCACCCAAACAUAGUCAAGCUCCUAGAUGCCUUCUAUUUUGAGAAUAAUCUUUGGAUCCUCAUUGAAUUUUGUGCAGGUGGAGCAGUGGAUGCUGUGAUGCUUGAACUUGAGAGACCAUUAACUGAGUCACAAAUACAAGUAGUUUGCAAACAGACUUUAGAGGCAUUAAACUACUUACAUGAUAAUAAAAUCAUCCACAGAGAUCUAAAGGCGGGCAACAUUCUUUUUACCUUAGAUGGAGAUAUUAAAUUGGCGGAUUUUGGAGUAUCAGCUAAAAACACAAGGACAAUUCAAAGAAGAGAUUCAUUUAUUGGUACACCAUAUUGGAUGGCUCCUGAAGUGGUCAUGUGUGAAACAUCUAAGGACAGACCCUAUGACUACAAAGCUGACGUGUGGUCCCUGGGUAUCACUUUAAUAGAAAUGGCUGAGAUAGAACCACCUCAUCAUGAAUUAAAUCCAAUGCGAGUGCUGCUAAAGAUAGCAAAAUCUGAGCCCCCUACAUUAGCACAGCCAUCAAGAUGGUCGUCAAAUUUUAAGGAUUUUCUAAAGAAGUGUUUGGAAAAGAAUGUGGAUGCCAGGUGGAAUACAUCUCAGCUAUUGCAGCAUCCCUUUGUUACUGUUGAUUCCAACAAACCAAUCCGAGAACUGAUUGCAGAGGCAAAGGCCGAGGUAACAGAAGAAGUUGAAGAUGGCAAAGAAGAUGAUGAUGAUGAGGAAACAGAAAAUUCUCUGCCAAUACCUGCAAGUAAGCGUGCUUCAUCUGACCUUAGUAUUGCCAGCUCUGAAGAGGAUAAACUUUCACAAAAUGCUUGUAUUUUGGAAUCUGUCUCAGAAAAAACAGAACGUAAUACUUCUGAAGAUAAAUUUAAUGGCAAAAUUCUUGAUGAAAAACCUACCACUGAUGAAAUUGAAAAAGCAGUGGAGGGUAUUAAUGAACAUGUUAAUGAUGCUCAUUCAGAAGCUAUGAUUGAAUUCCAAAAUAGCACAACACUAAUUGAAGAGAAUGGGAGAGAGGAAAAGAGACCCAAGCUUGAAGAUCUGCCUGACACAGAACCCCGGCAAGCUGUGGCUGUCAGCUCGGUCAACGAAGAAGAAAAGAGUAAUGUAGAACUAACUCUAGAAACAAAUUUUGAACAUAAUCUGAAACCUGAGGAGGAAAGAGGUCAAGAAAAGCAACCAACAUUUGAAAAUAAGCUUAUGAAAGCUGAAGAAAUUAAUGAUACUGCUAUUCCGACAGUGGAUUUAGUUUCUCAAGAGACUGGAGAAAAAGAGGUAGAUAUUCAGGCAGUUGGUAAUGAAGUUAAGCUUAUAAAGAAAGACACCCAAGAGAAACUGGGAGAAGAUGACAAAACUGAAAAAGAUGUGAUCAGCGAUCUAAACAAUGUGGUGAGAACAAAUGAGGUGGUAGAUGUUGCUCAGAAGACAGUUGAAAACAAAGCUGAGGAUGCUCAGACAAAUGAUGGGAAAGGAGUGGUUGAAGUAGAUGAGAAAUUAGUAGGUAAGCCCAAGGAGGGUCCUGAGACUGGUGGCACUGACGAGGUUCCUGUUAAUGAAAUAAUUGAAACUAAUGAGAUAGAUCAAACAUCUUUAGAAGGUAAAAAUAAGGAACAAUUAGGCAACAAUUCAGAGAACAUUUUGGAGACCAGGGAGGAACCAGGGACAAAUGAAGUUGAGGAAAUUACUGAAUCAAGUAACACUGAAGAAAUAGAGGUCAGAAGUGCAGUGAUUGAUGCUGAUCAGAAGACUAUAGGAAGUGAAACUGGGGGUGUUCAUAAAGGCACUGCUCAGAUAGAUAUGAAACAAGAAGAAAUCCCAUGUGAAGUGCCAAUUAAAACAGAACCUCAAGUUCCUGCAGCUUCACAGCCCAAUGAACCUCAGCCUGUCCCAGUACCUAGUAUUAAUGUCAACUCUGAAGAUGUAGAAGAUAAAGGAGAAAUAGGUGCUUUAUCAAAAACUGAAACCAUGUUGCUACCAGAAUCUGAGAAUCAAAAAGAAAAUGAUACCGAUUCAGGCACUGGCUCUACUGCUGAUAAUAGCAGCAUUGACUUGAAUUUAUCCAUCUCUAGUUUCCUAAGUAAAACUAAAGACAGUGGAUCAAUAUCUUUACAAGAAACAAGAAGACAAAAGAAAACAUUGAAGAAGACACGCAAAUUUGUUGUUGAUGGUGUAGAAGUGAGUGUAACAACAUCAAAGAUAGUUACAGAUAGUGAUUCCAAAACCGAAGAGCUGAGGUUUCUUAGACGUCAGGAGCUCCGGGAAUUAAGAUUUCUUCAAAAAGAAGAGCAAAGAGCACAGCAGCAGCUCAACAGUAAACUGCAGCAACAGCGAGAACAAAUUUUCCGGCGCUUUGAGCAAGAAAUGAUGAGUAAAAAGCGACAAUAUGACCAAGAAAUUGAGAAUCUAGAAAAACAGCAGAAACAGACCAUUGAACGUCUAGAACAAGAACACACAAAUCGCUUGCGAGAUGAAGCCAAACGCAUUAAAGGGGAACAAGAGAAAGAGCUGUCCAAAUUUCAGAAUGUGCUAAAGAAUCGAAAGAAGGAGGUUAUAAAUGAAGUGGAGAAAGCACCCAAAGAGCUGAGAAAAGAGCUCAUGAAACGCAGGAAAGAGGAGCUUGCACAAAGCCAGCAUGCUCAGGAACAAGAGUUUGUUCAGAAGCAACAGCAAGAAUUAGAUGGCUCUUUGAAAAAGAUCAUCCAACAACAGAAGGCAGAGUUAGCCAAUAUUGAACGAGAGUGCCUGAGUAAUAAACAGCAACUCAUGAGAGCCCGAGAAGCUGCAAUUUGGGAGCUUGAAGAAAGACACUUACAAGAAAAACACCAGAUGCUCAAACAGCAACUUAAAGAUCAGUAUUUCAUGCAAAGACAUCAGCUACUUAAGCGCCAUGAGAAGGAAACAGAACAAAUGCAGCGUUACAAUCAACGACUUAUUGAGGAAUUGAAAAACAGACAGACUCAGGAAAGAGCAAGACUGCCCAAGAUUCAGCGCAGCGAAGCCAAGACUCGAAUGGCCAUGUUUAAGAAAAGUUUGAGAAUUAAUUCAACAGCUACACCAGAUCAGGACCGUGAGAAAAUUAAACAGUUUGCCACUCAAGAAGAAAAGAGGCAGAAAAAUGAGAGAAUGGCUCAGCAUCAAAAGCAUGAAAAUCAGAUGCGGGAUCUCCAGUUGCAGUGUGAAGCCAAUGUCCGAGAACUGCAUCAGCUGCAGAAUGAAAAAUGUCACCUAUUAGUUGAGCAUGAGACUCAGAAACUAAAGGAAUUAGAUGAAGAACACAGCCAAGAACUAAAGGAGUGGAGAGAGAAAUUGAGACCUAGGAAAAAGACACUGGAAGAAGAGUUUGCCAGGAAACUGCAGGAACAGGAAGUGUUCUUUAAAAUGACCGGGGAGUCUGAAUGCCUUAACCCUUCAACACAGAGCCGGAUUUCCAAAUUCUACCCUAUUCCCAGCUUGCAUUCCACCGGGUCGUAGCAAUGGCAAGCGUUCUGUGAUUGGGUUUGGCUUUCUUGAAUAUAUCAUUCUAUUCUCUUUGUCUUCUGCCACGGUCUGUGUCACAGAGCUCCCAGAGACAAUCACCUGCCUCACCUUCUAGGUGUUCUUCAUUUGUUUGUUUGUUUGUUUUAAAGCAAAGAUGAAGGGGAAAGGAACUAAGACAGAUGCUGGGCCAUGUUGGCAGAGUGGCAUCUUGCAGUAAUUCCCUAAGGUGAUUUUGUAUAUUACUCUAAAUAUUUUUGUUCUUUAGACAUGGUUACUUGACAAACUGCUGGAGAAAUAAUGUUUAAAGUUAUUGAAAAAACAAAACAAAAAAAAAAAACAACUGUUACAUCACUUAGGUAUCAAUAAAUAUCUUUUUAUCUGAUCUAAUGUCUCAGUGAUGCCUAAAUGCUAUAGCAGAAACUCUGCUGUAGAGUUGGAACAGUUUCUUUUGGUGAAUCAACUCUCUUGAGAAAGCUAUCUAUGAGUUGCUCCAAAUAUGCCAUUAAUUGAGGAAAUAAGUAUAUUUUAUCUCUAAACAUAGAAACAAACUCUUUUAAAAGAGAAAAUUUAUUUCAUUAAUUUGUCUAAAAUUAUUACCUAUUUAGUCACGAGAUAAUAAUGAAAGGUGCUAGUUUUGUUAAUAUAGUGCCUCAAACACUAAAUUUCAAUCAAGUUUAUAGUAGGAUCUUCUUUUUUUAUUCAAAGGGACAAAAAUGCCCUUAGCAUCAAAUAUUACUGUUUUUUAAAAUCUUGCUCUUAUUACCAUUCAUCGUUUUCAUCCUAAAAUGCAUGUUGUACAAAGUUUAGAAAUAUGAACAAGAGCAAAAAAAGGUAAUUUUUAGAUGUCCAAGUGGGAAAUGUAAAACUCAGCAAAUUAAAAGUGAUUUGGAUUUAUCUCUUCCAGUUUACGUCCUAAAAUAACACACGAGCUGGUGAAGUGACUUCUCCCCAUCCUAGCAAAUUCUGUUUGUUCAUUACAUGUCUUUAUAAAGUGAUACUCAGGUAUAUAGGCUCUGAGUUAUAUUUAUAAAUGUAUGUUCUGAUAUUAAUCUUUAAAGAGGCAUUUGUUGAGAAUACUUUUAAAAGUAUUUAAAUUAAAUAUCUAGACAUAUGUUAGAAAUGUCUUUUUGUUUUUGUUGUUUUGAAAUGAGGUCACUUGUAUUUUGGUUUUAUUUUGUUCCAAGUUUAAAUUCCUUACUUUGAUUUGAGUGGGGAAAGUCUGAAACCUUUAUCAUGGGAUUGCUGGUAUGUGUCAUUAUCGAUUAAAUGUUUUCUCCUCUCUUGAGGAUUUCCACCCUGUGUCAGGUCAGGCAGUAUUUCCACCAUGUGUCCUCUGGUGUGUGAAGUAGCACAUCUGUAAAUGAUGCUCAUUGCCUAUUCUUGGCUACCGGUUCUUUUUCCAGAGUGCAAGGUACCAAAUUGUGAAAGCUUCCGUUUUUAGUUGUGUUUGAGGCUGGUGAAGAAUUUAAAUGUAACUUUGUGGGAACACUGAUUCGUAUUAAGAAAAUGUCAAUGUCUCUAGCACUUUCCUGUAGUGAAUUUGAAAACUUUGGAUGCUGAAGCUUAUUUUGUUAGUUGUUUAGAUGAUUUGAAAAUGCAUGUGUGAUUUUAAUUUUGUAACUGUUUUUGAUAAGCAUAAUUUACUUGGAUAACUUUGUAGCUAGCCUUAAUUUCUGGCCAAGUUUGUUUUUUAUAUAAAUAUAUACAUAUAUAUAAAUAUAUAUAUUAUGUAUGGUUGUAAAUUCAUACACUUAUCAUAUGGAUCUGUUACUGUAUACCGAACUCUUUUAAUGCUUUAUUCUCUAAUGCGGGGUUGAAAAAUGUUAUGAAAGCCUUUGAAAAUACAUGUCUUUAUAAAGUAAUAUUCAGGAUGAUGAUGGAAAUUGUUUAUAUUCUUAUGGUAAAAAUGACGAUAUAGUGUU